ACCACUACUUGCUAAGAUCCCAAACUUUCCUGAGUAUUUGGAGCCAGGAAAGAAGCAUGAAGUGGCUUGUGCUCCUCGGUCUGGUGGCCUUCUCAGAGUGCGUAGUCAAAAUACCUCUAAGGAGAGUGAAGACCAUGAGAAAAACCCUCAGUGGAAAAAACAUGCCGAACAAUUUCUUGAAGGAGCAUCCUUACAGACUGUCCCAUAUUUCUUUUCGUGGCUCAAAUCUAACUACUCUCCCACUGAGGAACAUCUGGGAUAUAUUCUACAUGGGUACCAUCACCAUUGGAACACCCCCUCAGGAAUUCCAGGUUGUCUUUGACACAGCCUCAUCUGACUUGUGGGUGCCCUCCAUUUUUUGCAACAGCUCAACCUGUUCUACACACGUUAGGUUCAAACAUCGUCAGUCUUCCACCUUCCGGCUUACCAAUAAGACGUUCGGGAUCACGUAUGGAUCUGGGAGAAUGAAAGGAGUUGUUGUUCAUGACACAGUUCGGAUUGGGGACCUUGUAAGUACUGACCAGCCGUUCGGUCUAAGCGUGGCGGAAUACGGGUUUGAGGGCAGAAGAUUUGAUGGUGUCUUGGGCUUGAACUACCCCAACAUAUCCUUCUCUAAAGCCAUCCCCAUCUUUGACAAGCUGAAGAAUGAAGGUGCCAUUUCAGAGCCUGUUUUUGCCUUCUACUUGAGCAAAGAUGAGCAGGAGGGCAGUGUGGUGAUGUUUGGUGGGGUGGACCACCGCUACUACAAAGGAGAGCUCAACUGGGUACCAUUGAUCCAAGCGGGUGACUGGAGUGUACACGUAGACCGCAUCACCAUGAAAGGAGAGGUUAUUGGUUGUUCUGAUGGCUGCACGGCCAUGGUGGACACCGGGUCAUCACAUAUCCAAGGCCCAGGAAGACUGAUUGAUAACAUACACAAGCUCAUCGGCGCCACGCCACGGGGUUCCAAGUACUACGUUUCAUGUUCUGCGGUCAAUAUCCUGCCCUCUAUUAUCUUCACCAUCAACGGCGUCAACUACCCAGUGCCAGCUCGAGCCUAUAUCCUCAAGUACAGAUUGUGGGAAUGUAGGAGAAGAACUAGCAUUCUCUGCAGAGAAAACAAGGAGCAGGAGUCAGAAGGAAAGAACCAGAGAUUGAGGGGAACUAUGGACACAUUUGUUCUUUUCUAAAUAAUUAUAUUGAAGUGUGGCUAAUCUUCAGUGUUGCGUUAAAAUCUGCUGAAUAACAAUGUGACUCAGUUAUACACAUAAAAAUAUAUAUUUUUCUUAUUCUUUUUCACGUGGCAUAUCACUGGAUAUUGAAUAUAGUUCCUGAUGCUGUACAAUAGGACUUUGUUGUUUUUCAUUCCUCUGUUUCCCCAACUCCCAGUCCUCUACUCACCACACCCUUCCUCAUGACAGCCUGAUGUCUUGGCCCUCUUUGGUUUUGGAUGAACUCUCAUAUCCCUUGUUGCUGAGAAAACCCCUUGAUACUUACUAAAAGAGGGAAAUAAAACAAAGAAUUUUGCUGGGUCUGGAUAUUGGGGGGAGUCACUA